AUGGCCCCCGAGAUGGACCAGUUCUACAGGUCAACCAUCGCCAUCUACAAGAGCAUCAUGGAGCAGUUUAACCCUGCCCUGGAGAACCUGGUGUACCUGGGGAAUAACUACCUCCGGGCUUUCCAUGCCCUGUGCGAGGCAGCAGAGGUGUACUUCAGUGCCAUCCAGAAAAUUGGGGAGCAGGCCUUGAAGAGCUCCACCUCGCAGAUCCUGGGUGAGAUCCUGGUGCAGAUGUCUGACACCCAGCGGCACCUGAACUCUGACCUGGAAGUAGUGGUGCAGACCUUCCACGGAGACCUGCUGCAGCACAUGGAGAAGAACACCAAGCUGGACAUGCAGUUCAUCAAAGACAGCCGCCAGCACUAUGAGUUCGAAUACCGCCACCGAGCAGCCAAUCUGGAAAAGUCCAUGUCUGAGUUGUGGCACAUGGAGCGCAAGAGGGACAAGAAUGCGAGGGAGAUGAAGGAGAGCGUGAACCGGCUGCACGUGCAAAUGCAGGCCUUCAUGUCAGAGAGUCAGCGAGCAGCUGAGCUGGAAGAGAAGCGGCGCUAUCGCUUUCUGGCUGAGAAGCACCUGCUGCUUUCCAACACCUUCUUGCAGUUCUUUGGCCGGGCCCGGGGGACGCUGCAGAACCGCGUGCUGCUGUGGAAAGAGCAGUCUGAAGCCAGCCGCAGCCCGUCCCGUGCCCACUCCCCAGGCCUGCUGGGCCCCGUGCUGGGCCCACCAUACCCCUCGGGCCGCCUGACGCCCACCCGCCUGGACAUGCCCCAGAGGCCCCUGGGAGAAUUCGGCUCCCCCCGCAGUCGGCACGGCUCGGGCUCCUACGGCCCCGAGCCCGCCGAGGCCAGGUCCGCGUCCCAGCUGGAGCUUGACCGCCGCUCCCUGCCCCGGACGCCGUCCGCCACCUCGCUCUACACCGGCAGCGCCCAGCCCUCGCGUUCCAACUCCUUCGGCGAGCGCCCGGGCAGCAGGGGCGGUGGCAGCGGUGGCCCCAGGAGAGUCCGCGCCCUGGUUUCCCACUCCGAGGGCGCCAACCACACGCUGCUGCGCUUCUCGGCUGGAGACGUCGUGGAGGUGCUAGUGACCGAGGCCAAGAACGGCUGGCUGUACGGCAAGCUGGAGGGCUCUUCCGCGAGUGGCUGGUUCCCUGAGGCCUAUGUGAAGCCUGUGGAGGAGGUGCCCCUGAGCCCCAUGACCUCCAUGAACCUUAAGAAUGAGCAACCUUCCAGGUCCUACCCACUCCGGGGAAGCCACAGCCUUGAUGACCUGCUAGACUGGCCAGGCAACUCCACCACCCCCUCAGAGUACUGGGAUGGCCAGUCCCGCUCCCGCACCCCGAGCCGGGUCCCUAGCCCCGCACCUGCACCCCUGCCUGACAGCCGCCAAAGCAGCAUGGGCAGCAUGGGGGUGGCCAGUGACAUUAAGAAACUGAUGGCGUGGGAGCAGCAGCCCCCGGAGCUCUUCCCGAAGGGCACGAAUCCCUUUGCCACCGUGAAGCUGCGUCCCACCGUCACUAACGACCGCUCAGCGCCUCUCAUCCGCUGA